GGGCGGGGCGAGGGCUGCGGCGGCUGCGGCGGGCGUGCGCACACCUUGCGGCUUCUCCCCGUCGGCGCGUCCGUGUACCGAGUGGAUUCGGCGGCCAGGCCGGCGCAGUGACAGGUGGACCUGCGGACCCAGGGCGAUGGCGACGCUGUGUCUGACCGUGAACUCAGGGGACCCUCCUCUGGGUGCUUUGCUGGCAGUAGAACAUGUGAAAGACAACGUCAGCAUUUUUGUGGAAGAAGGGAAAGAGAAUAUUCUUCGUGUGUCUGAAAAUGUGGUCUUCACCGACAUCAAUUCCAUUCUCCGCUACUUGGCUAGGGUGGCACUGACAGCCAGACUCUACGGCUCUAACCUGAUGGAGCACACUGAGAUUGAUCAUUGGAUGGAGUUUAGUGCCACCAAAUUGUCUUCAUGUCAUUUGUUCCCUUCUGCCAUCAAUGAGCUCAAUCAUUGCCUGUCUCUGAGGACAUACUUGGUUGGAAACUCCUUGAGCUUAGCUGAUUUAUGUGUUUGGGCCACCCUGAAAGGAACUGCGGCCUGGCAGGAGCAGCUGCAGCAGAACAGCGCUCCGGUCCAUGUAAAGCGCUGGUUUGGCUUUCUCGAAGCCCAGCAGGCCUUCCAGUCAGUGGGUACCAAGUGGAAUGUCUCAGCCACCAAAGCUAAAGGGGCACCUCAGAAAAAGCCAGAUGUUGGGAAGUUUGUUGAGCUUCCAGGUGCUGAGAUGGGAAAGGUUACUGUCAGAUUUCCUCCAGAGGCUAGUGGUUACUUACACAUUGGGCAUGCCAAAGCUGCUCUCCUCAACCAGCACUACCAGGUUAACUUUAAAGGGAAACUGAUCAUGAGAUUCGAUGACACAAAUCCUGAAAAAGAAAAGGAAGAUUUUGAGAAGGUUAUCCUGGAAGAUGUUGCGAUGUUGCACAUCGCGCCAGACCAGUUUACGUACACCUCGGAUCACUUUGGAACUAUAAUGAACUACGCCGAGAAGCUGAUUCGGGAAGGGAAGGCUUACGUGGAUGACACUCCUGCCGAGCGGAUGAAAGCCGAGCGAGAGCAGAGGACAGAAUCCAAACACAGAAACAACUCUGUUGAGAAGAAUCUGCAAAUGUGGGAAGAAAUGAAAAAAGGGAGCCCGUUUGGUCAGUCCUGCUGUUUGCGAGCAAAAAUCGACAUGAACAGUAACAAUGGGUGCAUGAGGGACCCAACACUGUACCGCUGCAAAAUUCAGCCUCACCCCAGGACUGGAAAUCGAUACAAUGUUUAUCCGACAUACGAUUUUGCCUGCCCCAUAGUGGACAGCAUCGAAGGGGUUACCCAUGCUCUAAGAACAACAGAAUACCAUGACCGAGAUGAGCAGUUUUAUUGGAUUAUUGAAGCCUUAGGCAUAAGAAAACCGUACAUUUGGGAAUAUAGUCGGCUGAAUCUCAACAACACAGUGCUGUCCAAGAGAAAACUCACGUGGUUUGUAGACGAAGGACUGGUGGAUGGAUGGGAUGACCCCAGAUUUCCUACCGUUCGUGGUGUGCUGAGGAGAGGGAUGACAGUUGAAGGACUGAAACAGUUUAUUGCUGCUCAGGGUUCCUCGCGUUCAGUUGUGAACAUGGAGUGGGACAAAAUUUGGGCAUUUAACAAAAAGCUGCGAGCUCUCUGUAAGAAGGUCAUUGACCCAGUGGCGCCACGCUACGUCGCGUUACUGAAGAAAGAGGUGAUCCCCGUGCACGUCCCUGACGCUCGGGAGGAGAUGAAAGAAGUGGCCAAGCACCCCAAGAAUCCUGAUGUGGGUUUGAAGCCCGUGUGGUACAGCCCCAGAGUUUUUAUCGAAGGUGCCGAUGCAGAGACAUUUUCAGAGGGGGAGAUGGUGACAUUUAUAAACUGGGGCAACAUCAACAUUACCAAAAUACACAAAAACGCAGAUGGAAAAAUUGUAUCUCUUGAUGCCAAAUUGAACUUGGAGAACAAAGACUACAAGAAAACCACUAAGAUCACCUGGCUUGCAGAGACGGCGCACGCUCUUCCCAUCCCAGCUGUCUGUGUCACGUACGAGCACUUGAUCACGAAGCCGGUGCUGGGGAAAGAUGAGGACUUCAAGCAAUAUGUAAACAAGAACAGUAAGCACGAAGAGCUGAUGCUUGGGGACCCCUGCCUUAAGGAUUUGAAAAAAGGGGACAUUAUCCAGCUCCAGAGAAGAGGGUUCUUCAUAUGUGACCAGCCUUAUGAACCCGUGAGCCCACAUAGCUGCAGAGAAGCACCCUGUGUGUUAAUAUACAUCCCUGACGGCCACACCAAGGAAAUGCCAACUUCUGGGUCCAAGGAGAAGACCAAGGUGGAAACAGUGAAAAAUGAGACAACGGUCACUCCUGCGAAGGACAGACCAGCGCCCCCUUUGACCAAUGCCAGUGCUGCCUCUGAGGACCCCUCGGUCCUUUACAACACGGUGGCUGCCCAAGGGGACAUGGUUCGGGAACUGAAAGCCAAGAAAGCAGCGAAGGAAGAGGUCGAUGCAGCUGUCAAACAGCUUCUGGCUCUGAAGGCCCAAUACAAGGAGAAGACAGGCCAGGAAUACAAGCCCGGAAGCCCUCCCGCGGCCUCUUCCUCUCCAUCCUCCACCGGCUCCCCAGGAGGCAGAUCUCUGUACAACGAGGUGGCUGCCCAGGGGGAGGUGGUGCGCAAGCUGAAAGCGGAGAAAGCCCCGAAGGCUAAAGUCAAUGAAGCUGUGGAGUGCUUGCUUUCGCUGAAAGCUCAGUAUAAAGAAAAGACCGGGCAGGACUACGUGCCUGGCCAGCCCCAGUUACCUCACGGCUCAGGUUCAAGUCCAGCCAGGAGCUCUGAGCCUUGUGGUCCAGAAACAGCGGAAGCCAAAGUGCUUUUUGAUCAAGUAGCUUCUCAAGGGGAAGUCGUUCGCAAGCUUAAAGCUGAGAAAGCCUCUAAGGACCAGGUGGACGCGGCCGUGCAGGAGCUCCUGCAGCGGAAGGCGCAGUACAAGUCUCUGACCGGUGUGGAGUACAAGCCCGUCGCUGCCACCGGGGCCGAGGACAAAGACAAGAAAAAGAAAGAAAAGGAGAAUAAAUCCGAAAAGCAGAAUAAGCCUCAAAAGCAAAACGAUGGCUCAAAGAAAGAACCCUCCAAAGGCCAGGGCGGUGGUGCUGGGCUGCCACCCAGCGGAGCCGGCGAAGGGCAGGGCCCCCGGAAGCAGACCAGGUUGGGUCUUGAGGCAAAAAAAGAAGAAAAUCUUGCAGAUUGGUAUUCUCAGGUCAUCACCAAGUCAGAAAUGAUUGAAUACUACGAUGUGAGUGGCUGCUACAUCCUCCGUCCCUGGGCCUUUUCCAUUUGGGAGUCCAUCAAGGACUUCUUCGACGCCGAGAUCAAGAAGCUGGGCGUGGAGAACUGCUACUUCCCCAUGUUCGUGUCUCAGAGUGCCCUGGAGACGGAGAAGACACACGUGGCCGACUUUGCCCCCGAGGUUGCUUGGGUUACAAGAUCUGGCAAAACAGAGCUGGCAGAACCCAUUGCCGUUCGUCCUACCAGUGAAACAGUCAUGUAUCCUGCGUACGCAAAGUGGGUGCAGUCACACCGAGACCUGCCCAUCAGGCUCAACCAGUGGUGCAACGUGGUGCGCUGGGAGUUCAAGCAUCCGCAGCCGUUCCUGCGGACCCGGGAGUUCCUCUGGCAGGAAGGGCACAGCGCCUUUGCCACGUUUGAGGAAGCGGCGGUGGAGGUCUUGCAGAUACUUGACUUAUAUGCUCAGGUAUAUGAGGAACUCCUGGCAAUUCCUGUUGUAAAAGGAAGAAAAACGGAAAAGGAGAAGUUUGCGGGAGGAGACUAUACCACCACCGUGGAGGCCUUUAUCUCUGCCAGCGGGAGAGCCAUCCAGGGAGCGACAUCACAUCAUCUAGGGCAGAAUUUUUCCAAAAUGUUUGAAAUCGUUUUUGAAGACCCCAAGACCCCAGGAGAGAAGCAGUUUGCCUAUCAGAACUCCUGGGGCCUGACCACGCGGACCAUUGGCGUCAUGACCAUGGUUCACGGGGACAACAUGGGCUUAGUGUUACCUCCCCGUGUAGCCUGCGUUCAGGUGGUGAUCAUUCCUUGCGGCAUCACGAACGCGCUCUCUGAGGAAGACAGAGAUGCUCUGAUCGCAAAAUGCAAUGAUUAUCGCAGGCGGCUACUUAGUGUUAACAUUCGCGCUCGAGCUGAUUUGCGAGACAACUAUUCGCCGGGCUGGAAAUUCAACCACUGGGAGCUCAAGGGAGUUCCCAUUAGACUGGAAGUCGGGCCACGUGAUAUGAAGAGCUGUCAGUUUGUGGCCGUCCGGCGGGACACUGGAGAGAAGCUCAUGGUUGCUGAAAAUGAGGCCGAGACUAAACUUCAAGCUCUUUUGGAGGACAUCCACGCCAACCUCUUCAGAAAGGCUUCUGAAGACCUUAAGACUCAUAUGGUGGUGGCAAAUUCAAUGGAGGACUUCCAGAAGCUGCUGGAUUCAGGGAAGAUUGUCCAGAUCCCCUUCUGUGGGGAAAUUGACUGCGAAGACUGGAUCAAGAAGACCACGGCCAGGGAUCAGGACCUUGAACCUGGCGCUCCAUCCAUGGGAGCCAAAAGCCUUUGCAUUCCCUUCAAACCGCUCCGUGAGCUGCAGCCUGAAGCCAGAUGCGUCUGCGGCAAGAACCCUGCCAAGUACUACACCCUGUUUGGGCGGAGUUACUGAGGACAGAGCCACGGCCUACCUCCAACCCUCUGCACUUUUAAAAAAAUUGCUACUACUAUCUUCCCAGAUACAGAGUUUUAUGAUUUUUUUAAAAAAAUAAAACUUCAAAAAGGAGUUCACAAGAUAAACACCUAUUCUUACGUCUCAAGUUAACAGUGGGGAGAAAAAAAAGACUAUUCUGUAAACCACCCCAGUAAUAAACAUCAUGAAUUCA